UUUUCUUUCCUUAUUUUUUUUAUAAGUAAACAUGAUAAUUUUCUUGUUAUUAAUUGAUAAUUGAAGAGCUUUCAUCUUCAAAAUUGUGGGAAUAUAUCGGCUGUGUCAGUAGCCUUUUGGCCUAAUAUGAAUAUGUUAUGCAUAUGCCAUCAUAUGAUACGCGUUUUCCUAUAGUUUCCUUUUUAUUAUUCUCACUAAAUUAGUUUUUGAACUGUUAGAAAAAAUUGAGUUGGGAAGUUUGUUGAUAGAAGGAAGAGCUAAAUCCAAUGCUGGCAACGGAAUCUUACUUAGCAAAGUGUUAGGAAGUGAUGAUAUGUAUGAUUAAUGUCUAAUCCAUUUUAGUGGUAGAGGAGAGAAGCAUGCUAUUUACCAUUUAGUGGUAAAAGGUAGUAAAUCCAGUUAUUGCUGCCGUCGUUGCAAUCUAGUCAUGCUAUUGCUGUUGGUUUCUGUGGAUACUAAGGUUUAAUGAUUCACGAUCAACUACGUGAAGCUUCUUCAAAUUCGAAGCCACAAGUUUUUGAAAAAUCAUCUCCACUUAAAUUUCACAGGGCUACUAAGAUUUGAACUCUGAUGUGUUUGUGGUUAAUUUGUCACUUGCCAGGUUGGAAACAAGGAUAUCAAGGCGCAUGUCAAAGUGAAGGACCAUCUUAAGUGGCCAUGUCAAACAAGGAUACUAAGAUUUGAACUCUGAUGCUAUUCGCCAGGUUGAUUUGGUCUUUGAAGAUCUAGAAAUGACCAUCUAAGUAGGCCAUGUCAAAGUGAAUAGGAUUGGGGAACUGCAUUCUCAGCUGGUGACAUGUCUAAAAUAGUCUGCCUUCUAACUGCCAUUAUCCAACUUCUAGGUGAAGGACUUGCCUAGGAGCAAGCAUAUAGUGUAGCUCAAAUCCUGUCUGCCUUCAAGGCCUCACAAAUUUGAGUCGGAGAUUAUAGAGGUUGACCUAGAGAAGAAUGCCCAAAUUCAUGUCGGUCCCCUCAGAUACAGUGUGGAGGAGGAUCAUCACAAACAGGGUUGUUUUUUUUUCUUUUUUAUACAGAACAAACAAGGUUGUUUAAUUUUGUUAACAAAGUGCACAAGUUUUUUUUUCAAACAAUUAUGCAGCACUGUAGAACAAUAGUUGCCUUAAGUUUAUGAAAUCCACCUUUCUUAUGUUGAACUAUUAUCAUGAUGUUUAAUCAAUUGCAGAUUACAUAUACUUGCUAUCCAACAUCUUUGUUGUGCUUUCACUUCUUGUUGAUUUCUUACUUCCCUGGCUUGCGUACAGGAAUUAACUCCGGCACCAGUAUUCCCCCUAAUUAUUGGAGUUUCAGUGGCUACACUCUUUCUCAGCAUUCCAAGCACUAAAGGACAUCUACCAAGCUGCAAAAAAGGAGGUUUUAUGAUAUGCAAUACCAACACCAGGUUUUAUAAUAACUGCAAAAAUGGAGUCACGGAGGAAGCGGGUUAUGAGAAAAAAAGACUUACUGAAGAACCAUAUCCGAUUAACGGAAGGCCAUAAGAGUCUGUUUGACUGUUAACGGUUUAUUUUUCAUUCAGUUUUUCUUAAGUUUUUGCAGAUAUGACAACUAAUUUGGAUGAUAGCAUUAGCACCUUAUUCCAAUAGGUCAUUUUGACGAGGGCAAAAUAUAACCCCCUGAUACAAAUAGCUUUUAGAAUUGAACCUGAACGUUUCCUUGUAGAGUAAUUUAUACAUCCGUCUAGCUCUCCUUUCACUCUUUUUAUGUAAAACCAUAAUACUAAUGAUUCACUCUUCUUCCCCUUUGAAUAAUUGAAUUACGAAGGUGGUGGAAACUGUUGGGGAUUCAAUCAAGUUAACUGUUUUAAACAAUUUGAAGCAAAAACAAAUACAGAGUUACUUCGAUUUUCUUCUACUGCCAACCGUGUUGAAACUUUGUUCGGACCUGACUAAUUUUGUGCGUGCUCCCUACUCCAGUGAGUGCGUUUUCUCUGUUAACUUCGGUAUUAACAAAGGGAUAGUAUGGUAAAUUCAUGAGCAAUCUCCUGGCUGGAUUCCAUCAGGGAUAAACCCAUUAAAUCCUCCAUAGCUGGAUUCGAGGCAAAUCCCUCCUAACCCAACCAACCAAAGUCAUUGACCCAGUCAAAGUCAUUGACUCUCUUCAUUGGGUCAGAUAUAUUUGGUGCUACGCCGCUAUAAAUGCUCUCCAUGCACUUCACCUUAUUCUUCUUCAUCAAGCAUCAAACGGGUACAUCUAUUACACUUACCAUUGCUACUAUGUUAAGAUUUUGACGCGUAUUAGAUUCAGAUUAGGUAGUCCACAUCAGCAAAUGGACCCACCAAAUCCAGGGUCUGUUGGAAUAGAUAUUUAGAAAACGUAUUGUGAUUGGACCAAAUUCUCCGGUAUUUUAGCCAAACCAAUACAUCUAAUAAUGAUUAAAUAAAAAUCCUUAAAAAUCAUAAAAAACAAACAAAAAGUUUGGAGUAAAACUAAAACGGUAAUAACACAAGCGGGCGUAGAUAUCAAUUGUCUGAACUAACGCAGUUCAGCUGAGUUUCUCUCUCUCUCUUAUCUUAUACAGAAUACCCCAGGUGUCUCCUUCAGUAUCCGCCGCUUCCCAAUGGCAUCCCACUCCCCUCUACCCCAAAACCCUUUUUAGCCGAUCUCUCUAUCUCUCUCCCCCUCCCUGUAAGGUAUACGACGUCGGAUUUUUUUUUCUUUUUUUUAAUUGAUAAUUAUUGAAUGGCGUCAACGCCACCACAUUGUUCAAUCACAGCAACAACAAAGCCUUACCAGAACCAUCAAUACCCACAAAACCACUUCAAAAACCACCGUAACCACCAGAGCAACCACCGCAACCAACCUCACCCCCAAAAGUUCUACCUCUCGAAGCCCCUUCCUUCACCUUGCAAUGCAGCGAAACACACCACCACCGCUGCAGCUGCCGCAGCCGCCUCCACCACCCAUGCUCCCCUCUGUCAGGCCCCUACCCCUUUCCCUUCCCUGGCCCCAGAUUUCUCUGGCCGCCGAUCGACCCGUUUCGUCUCAAAAAUGCACUUAGGCCGGCCCAAAACUACCAUCAACACCCGCCACACUUCUAUAGCCGAAGAAGUCCUUCAACUCGCCUUACAUAACGGGCAAGCGGGCCUUGAAAGCGUUCUCGUCUCGUUCGAGUCUAAGCUUUGCGGCUCCGAUGACUACACUUUCUUGCUUCGAGAGCUUGGAAACAGAGGUGAGUAUGAAAAAGCCAUUAAAUGUUUUAAAUUCGCAGUUAGAAGAGAGAGAAGAAAAACUGAACAAGGAAAAUUAGCUAGUGCCAUGAUUAGUAUUCUUGGUAGAUUGGGAAAAGUUGAACUUGCCAAGGGCAUUUUCGAAACUGCAUUAAGUGAGGGUUAUGGAAAUACUGUUUAUGCUUUCUCUGCUUUAAUUAGUGCUUUUGGGAAAAGUGGGUAUUGUGAUGAGGCCAUAAAGGUUUUCGAUUGGAUGAAAAACUGUGGAUUGAAGCCAAAUUUAGUUACUUAUAAUGCUGUGAUUGAUGCUUGUGGGAAAGGAGGUCUGGAGUUUAACAGGGUUGUGGAGAUUUUUGAAGAGAUGUUAAGGAGUGGAGUGCAGCCUGAUCGAAUUACUUUUAAUUCUUUGCUUGCAGUUUGUAGUAGAGGGGGUUUGUGGGAGGCCGCAAGGAAUUUGUUCGGUGAGAUGGUUAAUAGAGGGAUUGAUCAAGAUAUUUUCACUUAUAAUACACUUUUGGAUGCGGUUUGUAAAGGUGGACAAAUGGAUUUGGCUUUUGAGAUUAUGGCGGAAAUGCCUUCAAAAAACAUCUUGCCAAAUGUUGUUACUUAUAGUACCAUGAUUGAUGGGUAUGCAAAGGCUGGUAGAUUUGAUGAUGCGCUUAAUUUGUUUAAUGAAAUGAAAUUUUUGGGUAUUGGUUUGGAUAGGGUUUCAUAUAAUACUCUGCUUUCUAUUUAUGCAAAGCUUGGUAGGUUUGAGGAGGCUUUAGAUAUUUGCAGGGAGAUGGAGGGUUCAGGGAUCAGGAAGGAUGUUGUCACUUACAAUGCACUUUUGGGUGGGUAUGGGAAACAAGGGAAGUAUGAUGAAGUUAGAAGACUGUUUGAUGAGAUGAAAGCACAAAAGGUGUCUCCUAAUUUAUUGACUUACUCCACAGUAAUCGAUGUGUAUUCAAAGGGUGGUUUAUAUGAGGAGGCUAUGAAUGUUUUUAGAGAGUUUAAGCAGGCAGGACUGAAGGCUGAUGUUGUGCUUUAUAGUGCAUUAAUUGAUGCCUUGUGCAAGAAUGGGUUGGUGGAAUCUGCUGUAUCCUUGCUUGAUGAGAUGACAAAGGAAGGGAUUAGGCCUAAUGUUGUUACAUACAAUUCUAUCAUUGAUGCUUUUGGUCGGUCUGCAACUUCAGAAUGUGUGUUUGAUGCUGAUGAGACCAGCAAGUUGCAAAUUGACUCUUCUUCUCCAUUGGUCAUUGAGCGUGGUAUUGAAGGCACAGCAACAGAUAGGGAGGAUAACCAGAUCAUAAAAAUUUUUGGGCAGCUCGCUGCUGAGAAAGGAGGUCAAGCAAAGAAAGAUUGUGGAUGCAAGCAGGAAAUCUUGUGCAUCUUGGGAGUUUUUCAGAAGAUGCAUGAAUUAGAAAUUAAACCAAAUGUCGUCACCUUUUCAGCCAUCUUAAAUGCUUGCAGCCGCUGUGAUUCUUUCGAGGAUGCUUCGAUGUUGUUGGAAGAGCUCCGGUUGUUUGAUAAUCAGGUUUAUGGUGUUGCCCAUGGGCUUCUUAUGGGCUAUAGGGAGCAUGUUUGGAUCCAAGCUCAAUCCCUAUUUGAUGAAGUGAAGUUGAUGGACUCUUCAACUGCUUCUGCCUUUUAUAAUGCUUUGACUGACAUGCUGUGGCACUUUGGCCAGAAACGUGGAGCCCAACUGGUUGUGCUUGAAGGUAAACGUCAGCAAGUGUGGGAGAAUGUAUGGUGUAAUUCUUGCUUAGAUUUGCAUCUUAUGUCCUCUGGUGCUGCUCGAGCAAUGGUGCAUGCAUGGUUGCUAAACAUACGUUCAAUUGUUUUUGAAGGUCAUGAAUUGCCAAAACUGUUAAGCAUUUUGACAGGUUGGGGCAAACAUAGCAAAAUAGUUGGUGAUGGUGCACUAAGGCGUGCUGUGGAGGCACUCCUCGCUGGCAUGGGUGCACCCUUUCGGCUUGCUAAGUGUAACUUGGGUAGAUUCGUAUCAACAGGACCCAUUGUUACUGCCUGGCUAAGAGAAUCAGGCACCCUUAAGUUGCUUGUUCUUCAUGAUGAUAGAACUCAUCCUGAAAACAAAAGGUUUGAAGAAAUCUCAAAUUUACAGACGCAUCCUUUGUAGUAGUGUGUAUAAUAUAAUGAUACCCUUUUUAAUUUUGUGGCUUUUCCUUGUGUUUUCCCUGCAAGUUGUGCAAAUUAUCGAAGAAUUGACGUACAUAUCUGAGUCUCAUGCUCUUAUUCAAUACUUCCUGUUAAUUCAGUAACCAGCAGGAGACUAUCUAGUGGCAAUAUGUAAAGCCUACUAAAUACCAAUGCAUCAUUUUCUCAUGAUUCGAAUCGGUUAUUUGAAAUAUGUUGUAAUCUUUCGAGUGAGCGGAUGAAUAAAAAAGAUGCAAAGAAUCGCUAAAGAUUUUAUUUAUUAUAAAAUAACCAAGUUACCAACUUUAUCAUUUACCAUGCACAUUUUAUCA